CCAGAAGAAGCAUUUUAUAAGGCCAAACAAUCAAGCACCGCCAGAGUCUGCUUGCAUCCAGAUUAUCAUCAAUCCUAUCACACGUACCUUUUCCAAAGUUGUUUCAAAAUCUCAACUAAUUGAAAGCUUGACGACAUAAAAUUGCCCACUAUGGCCUCUACUGAACAGCUUAAUGCUCAAAGACUCUUUUCUGUCAAGGACUAUGUUUGCCUUGUCACUGGUGGCGGAACUGGAAUUGGGUUAAUGGCCACGCAGGCGUUGGCAGCCAAUGGUGCGAAGGUCUACAUUACCGGUCGAAGAUGGGAGGUGCUUGAAAAUGCCGCCAAAACGCAUACCCCUGGAAUGGGUGGCCAAAUUAUUCCUGUCGGGCCCUGUGAUGUGACCAAAAAGGACGACCUUGAGAAAUUGGUUUCUGAGAUUUCUUCCAAAGAGAAAUACCUUAAUCUUCUAGUCUGCAAUGCUGGCAUUGCAGGACCAAAGGCAGUGCCUGAAGGCUCCGAGGCUAAGGAACUGAAAGAGAAGCUCUGGAAUAAUGAAGACUUCGAGUCAUGGAACAGCACUUUCAACACUAACGUGUCAUCGGUUUACUUCACUACCGUUGCUUUCCUUCCUCUUCUGCAAGCUGGCGUCGAAACUCAUGGCCAUCGCUCAGCUUCCGUCAUUGUAAUCUCCAGCAUGUCUGGCCUGAUGAGAAAUGCCCAAGGCCACUUCGCUUACAACGCCGCCAAAGGAGCUACAGUACACCUUUCGAAAUUGAUGUCGGCAGAGUUUGAGAGAACAGACAUCAGAGUCAAUAGUAUUGCUCCGGGUUACUUCCCAAGCGAGAUGACUGCAAAGGCAAGUGAUGAAAGGAACAAGAGUGCCUUGCCGGAAGAGAAAGUGCAAGAGAAGGGUCAUGUCCCUGCACAAAGAGCUGGACAUGACGAAGAAAUGGGUCAGGCAGUGCUUUUCUUGACGAAAAACCGUUACGUCAACGGAGAGAUCAUCGCGGUUGAUGGUGGUGUGUUGAACGUUGUCGCUGGACGCUAAGAAACGAAUUACGCCUAAUCAAAUAUUAUUUAUCGAUGAAAGUCUUGCUUCUUGUGCUGGCACUUUGCAAGCUUUCCUUACCUCGCUAUGGCAAAAUUUUGUAUUGUUAAAAGCAAUAUUAUUUGAUGAUG